UCUCCAUUCCCUUCUGUUAUUCAUCAUCAAGUUAUGAUGUUAAGAGCAAAAUAUUAUGUAUUUCAAACCUUCUGUUGUUUCGUCUGUGUUGUCGACUUGAAAGCUUUCAUAAGAAGCAGGUGGGCAGUAUCUGUUUUACAGUAUAGUGUGAUGAGGUAUUGACCUAGGGCGUCAAAAUCGAAAAGUCCGGGCCUUGAGGUGGGAUGGGUGUUCCAAAGUUCUUUAGAUGGAUUAGUGCUCGAUACCCUUGCAUCAACCAGAUUUUGCGGCCAGGAGAGAUCCCUGUUAUUGAUCACUUUUAUUUGGACAUGAACGGUAUACUUCACACUUGUUCACACCCAGAAGGUGGUAAAAUAAUCUUUUCGGAAGAGAUUAUAUUUCGAAAUAUUUGUCUAUAUAUUCAAUUCUUGUUCAACCUCAUUAAGCCACGUAAGACUUUCUUUUUGGCCGUGGAUGGUGUUGCACCUAGAGCUAAAAUGACGCAGCAACGUGCUCGCCGUUUCCAAUCUGCUUUAGAGGCUCGUAUUGUCAAAGAGAAUUUAAAAGAUAGUUCACCUGAGACCCACUCAUUCGACCCGUGUGUGAUUUCUCCAGGUACUGAAUUCAUGGAGCGGUUACAUCGUCAUAUUGUUACAUUUGUAGAACAUCAUGUAAAUCAUGAUGCUGACUGGCAAUGUAUUGAUGUCAUUUUAUCUGGACAUGAUUGCCCUGGAGAAGGCGAACACAAAAUUCGGGAGUAUAUGGCAUAUCGUCGUGGUCUACCAAAUUACCGUCCUAAUGAGCGUCACUGUAUAUACGGAAUGGACGCUGACUUGAUAUUUUUGGGUUUGACAACUCAUGAAAUCAACAUUUGUAUCUUGCGUGAGAACGUUGUUAAAGCCCAAAAUUGUUCGGCUGAUAAUAAACCUUUCUGUAUUACUUAUUUGUCAGUUCUUCGGGAGUAUAUUGAUUUGGAAUUUACGGAAUUAAAGAAGACAUUGCCGUUUCCUUAUGAUUUGGAACGCCUGAUUGAUGAUUGGGUUUUUAUGGCUUUUCUAUUGGGAAAUGAUUUCAUACCUCACAUACCUAAUUUGCAUAUACAUGCGGAGUCUUUGUUAACUGUCUGGGAUACAUAUCAAGUUGUAUUACCGAAAUUGGACGGUUACCUUGUGGAGUUUGGAUAUUUAAAUCUUCCACGAUUUCAUAAAUAUCUGGAGGAACUUUCUCAGUUUGAGCGUGAUUGGUUCGAGGAACGUGAAGCAGCUUUCCAUUGGAUGCGAGGAAAACAAGGUGCUCGUAUGGCAAAUGAACUAGAAAAACUCGGUUUAUCAUCUGAGGAUAAUCAGAUGCCAUCUCAUAAACCUCUCAGUUCAACAGGGAAACGUUUCCCCGAAAUAACUAAAAGUAGUUUAUUAGAUAAGAAAGAUGGUAAGUGUUGUGGUUUUGUUGCUUUUUUAACGACACACUGAAUGGAAUACAUCGUUAUUAACUUAUCACUAUUGGUUUUGUUGAAACCGAGGGGUUUUUAUAAAUGGUUCUCAUAGCUUGCUUUCAAAUAAUCGUAAAACCCGGUUAAUUUAGACAUUUUAGUUAUUUCUUAAGAAAUUAGUCAAACUAAGUGUCAUAUAAUCACGUUCGCCAUAGCGACCUGUUGAUUAAGUGUGUAACGACGCUGUUAUCGGCGUAGACUUGAUAUACUUACAUUGAUGCAAUGUUGAUAAAAGAUUGCCUAAACAAAAGCUAGAGCGAUUAGAAAUUAUUAGCUUUACUUUCAGCGUUGAUAAUCAUAACUCAUUAGAAGUUAUCACCUAAUUUACUUUUGAAAAUCAUGAGUAAUCUGUUACACAGUGUGUUUAUUCGUAUUAAUACUAAAUUUUUCUAAAAUCUAUUUCCAUACUGCAGAAUAAACAUAGAAGUGAGAAUCGUAGCCAGUGGUUUGGUGUUUAUAGUUAAGCCUAUUUACUUUCAAGCUUCCUAGUUGUGUCGUAUAGUUCUCUCAUAUUUCCUGUUUCUGUAGCUUUUCGCGCUGUAGUUGCUAGGUCUUUCACAUAUUCCAACUUACUAACCCUAAUAGUCUUUUUUUCUAGUUUUUCUUUGUUUCUAUAUGUUCAGGUCGUUCCUAGGCUUUCUCUGCUUUUGCUUGGCUGUUGUUGACAAUAGUCUUCUCGUUUUGCGUCGCUUGAAUCUUGCCCAGUAUAUUGCUGGAAUCCCGUUCCUUAUUAUGGUGUUUCUCAAGGCUCAGCACCUGACGUGUUGAAGUUAUUGCUUUUUUAAUCCUUUUUCAGUCAUUCCCCAUGAUGAUUUAUUGUUCCAUGAGUAGAUCUUAUAAAGCUGGGAAUUUGUUAUCGGGAGUUAUCUUGAAUUCGCCGAAGUUAUUAUGUCGAAGAAAGUCUGUAUUAAACCUUUGUAAUACUGUUUGUUCAGUUAUCCAGUGUUUCUUUAGCUUCAGUUUUAGCUUGACCACCAUCAGAUGGUGACCUGAAAUUAUAUCAGCUCAUCUCUUUGCUUUCAGGUCUUCUAUGGACUUGAACUUUUGUUAUGUAAAGAAUUUGAUUAUCUAUAAUGUGGUCCGUUGAAUCUCAUGUAGCUUUGUACACGUGUUUUUGGAAGAAAGUAUUGUUGUAAGUAUACCGAUCUACCGGUCACUUACCUUUCUCGGCCCUUUCUUCUAAUUCAUAUUUCCCCAUAAUGAGUUCCUACCCAGCGUUGUCCAUCCUGACCUUGGCGUUUACGUCUCCCAUCAUCAGGAUGGUCGUUUUUUUCUGAGUAGUUCUCUAUGAUAGGUUACAGCCUCGUGAAACUGAUCUUUAUAGUCUCCACUGCUCUCAUUGGUGGGCACGUACCACGUAGCAUUGUUAUCCCUUCCGUCUUUUUUAAUCCAUCUUUGAUGAUCCUGGAGCCAUGAGAUUCCCAUCCUAUAAGUGCUUUUCGGGCUUCUUUGGAUAAUAUCAAUUCGACUCUUUGUGUAUGCGUGACAUUUUAUUAUUCAUAACCAGAUCACAAAAACACCUGUCUCGAAGCAAUUAUUUUCUGUUCAUUUUGUGUCCAUCGGCUUUCACCUAUUUCAAGCAGAAGAAAGCAAAAACAAGAAGACAGCUAUUAACAGCAGCCGAACAAGAACAGUGAAAGUCAAGGUAUAAGCUAAGUACACAAAAGCAAACAAACAAGUGAAGAAGAGCAAUAGAGCUGAUAAACAGAAAUAUGUGGAAGAUGUAGCAACGGCAUCAGGACAAGCUGUAAGAAAAGGAAAUAUGAAACAACUGCAUGACACGACGAAGAAACUGAUAGGGAAAUAUACUAAACCAGUGAGACUGUCCAAGAACAAAGAAGACAAGCUAAUCACUGAGAUUCAAGAACAGAGGAACAGGUGAGUAAAACACUUUGUUUAAGGAACUCUUGAAUAGGUCAGCCCCGUUAAAUCCACCGGACACCGGAGCGACACCUACAGACCUUCCUAUAGAUGUCACUCCACUAACGGUGGAAGAUGUUAGGAUGGCCAUUAAGCGUGGGAAAGCAACAGGACCUAACAAUAAACCAGCUAAAGCAUUGAAGCCAGACAUAAGUAACUGCAAAGAUGCUCCACGUUCUAUUCAGGAAAAUUUGGAAGAACGAACAAGUGCCAACGGACUGGAAAGGAUACCUCAUCACAAUACCAAAGAAAAAUAUGAGCAAAUGUGAGAACUACAGAGGCAUCACACUACUAUCGAUACCAGGAAAGGUUUUCAACAGUGUUGCUGAACCGGAUGAAAGAUUCAGUAGACGCCCAGUUUCGAGAUUAGUAGGAUGGAUUCCGUAAGUAUUGGUCGUGCGCAGACCAGAUCUAGACACUAUGGAUCCUUAUUGAACAAUCAAUUGAAUGAAACUCGUUACUAUACAUCAACUUCCUUGACUAUGAGAAAGCGUUUGUCAGUGUGGAUAGGAGAACAUCAUGGAAACCUCUUUGACACUAGGAUGUACCUGAGAAGAUCGUUAAUAUCGUACAAAAUUCUUAGGAUGGACUACACUGCAAAGUGCUGCACGGGGGACAGCUGACAGAUGCAUUCCAAGUAAGGACCAGAGUCAGACAAGGCUGCCUGCUGUCCUCCUUUCUCUUCCUUCUAGUGGUCCACUGGAUUAUGAGGACCACUUCUCAUGAGAAGUACAGAAUAUAAUGAACAGCUUUUAUGCGGCUAGACGAUUUGGAUUUCGCAGAUGACCUAGUUCUUCUAUCCCAUGCACACGAACAAAUGCAGGUGAAGACAACCAGUAGCCUCUGCAUCAGUAGGCCUCAACAUACACAAUGUAAAAAGCAAGAUCCUCAAUUACAACACAGGGAACACCAACCCAAUCACACUUGAUGGGGAAACGUUGAAAGAGGAGGAAACUUUCACGUACCUGGUCAGUAUCAUCGAUGAACAAGGAAGAUCAAAUGCAAAUAUGAAAGUAAGGAUUGGCAAAGCAAAGACAACAUUCCUACAGUUGAAGAACAUAUGAAACUCAAAACGUCUGUCAACCAACGUCAAGGUCAGAAUCUUCAAUACGAACGUCGCGACAGUUCUACCGUGCGGUGCUAAAACUUGAAGAACGACCACCACCGUCAUCAAGAUACUACAAUUAUCUAUCAACAAUUGUCUACGUAAGAUACUGAAUGUCCGUUGGUCGAGUACCAUUAGCAACAACUUACUGUGGGAGAGAACAAACCAGGUUCCAUCUGAUGAGGAAAUUAGGAAAAGACUUUGGAAACGGAUAUGACAUACAUUACGAAAAUCACCAAGCUGCAUCACGAAGGAAGCGCUAAUUUGGAAUCCUGAAGGGGAACGGAAAAGAAGACCAAAGAAUACGCUGCCCCGAGAAUUAGAAGCAGACAUGAAGAGGAUGAAUAGCAACUGUGAAGGAUUGCCGAGGACAUAGUUGAAUGAAGAAUGCUGAUGGGCAACCCAUGCUCCUCGACGAGGGGUAAAAGGCGUAAUUAAGUAUGUAUUCCAAACAGAGCCACGUUAUGUCUUCUCAUUUCCACAGCUAUUUGAAUGGUCUUCGCUGUCACCCACACUGUGCAGAUAUUCCAUGUUCCUAUGUUAACUGUUACUCUGAAUGUCAGUAGGUGCAUCAAGCUCAUGGUUUCCGAAGAAUCUCGGCUUUCAACGUGAGACAUCAUAAGUCUUCUAAUUAAAGAUCCUUCAACUCCUAGUUCAAUGUCCAAAUAGUUUAGAUGAUUUUUUUUAUCGUCAGCUUUCCGGCAAGUUUUUUAACUAUAGAGUGGAGUUGAUAACCCCAUACUCAAUCAUCUUCCUUUAUCCGGGUUUUGGACUGCAACAGUACUGAAGGGCUCCUGGCGGAGCAGAGUAUCUUAAAUGAUAAUGUCAUUUUUAACUUUUUAUUUGUCGUUGACAUUAAUCUUACUAAUCUGUGUGACUGUCAUUUUGUACAUAUGUGUGAAUAAAAAACAAUCGGUUUAAAUCUAUUCCACUUCGCACGGUUUUCACAAGUCUUUAGUAUCGACGGCUUUGUACCCAUUCUUUGUGGUUUAUUGCUUGAGCCAUCUAAUACUUCCUACUGAAUUAGACUUUCUUAUUAGCAAUAAUAACUGCGAAGUCACUAUGCAGAGUUCUUCAAAUGGACGUAGUCUUUAUCCAUCGCAGAUCACUAUGGAUGGAAAUUUUGUGUUUACUUUCUACUCCUAGUAGUAGUUUUGUACGAUGUUUCAGCUACUGUGUUUAAUAAGUGACCGUUUAGCGACACAGUUUCCAAGCCGAACACAAAUUAACACAUAGCUUAGAUCUUUAUAGUACAAAAUAUCAAUAAUAGGUUUAUAAAUAAUUCAUAAGCGUUUGUGAACGGGAAAAAUAUGACACGAUUUGUUAGGUCAACUGAGAGAUUAGCGCUAAGACAAUAUUAAAAUACUACUAUAAAUCAAUUGUUCGAUAAGUGUGCAUUGAAAAUAUAUCAGCUAGUUCACUGGACGACAGUUCCUAAAGUUUUCUCUUUACAUCUACUCACUUAUCUAUUAUGGAAAAUGCGUGUAAAUUUACAACGAUUUAUUCAAAUCUGUUUUCAUCUAUUAUGGAACGCUCUAUGUAGAACACUAAAAAACAAAUACGAAUUAAACAAUUCACUUUGUGGAUACAAAAGCGAAAACAUUCUUCGUUGAAACCUUACCUUUCCGAACUGGCUCCAGUUAAAGUUUUUUCUCUCCCGACUAACGGUAUUUCCAAUGUCACUAGUUGACGAACACGUUAGAAAAAAUAAACCUUGUUACACAGGAAGUUAAAUGAUCCUAUCUUUAGUUCAGUUUGUACUAUAGUAUAUCACUGAACUACUUCUACAACAUUUAUCUUAGCAUUUUUAUUUUGUAGAUUUCGAUCAAUUGACUGAUUUGAUAGAUUUAUUCGCACCUCAAUCUGAUUGUCAAUAUGAUAAUGUUAUGUUAGAUGAAGCCGCUGAACUAAUGGAAGAAGGUGUUGUUGUUUCAUUAAGGACACAUGAUGAUAAAGUCAAGCAGUUAUAUAAUAAAAGUGAUCCGUCCAAUAGAACUUCCCAUAAUAAUACACAUAACACAAUAGGCGAUAAUCAUGAUCAUGAGGAUAAUAUAGAUGAUGAAACAGAAGAGGAAAUAGAAGAAGACGAGAAUGUCACCUAUGUUGAAAGUGAUACAGAUCUAGAUGAAGAUUUAUUAGUUUAUAAAAUGCAUCGACGUGAUUAUUAUUCCUCGAAACUUGGUAUACAACUCGAUGAGAUGUCAGGUGAUCUUGGUGAAAAUUCCACAUUAAUGUCUUUAAUUCAAGAUUAUAUCCGAAUGUUACAAUGGAUAUUGAAUUAUUACUUUCUAAAUGUGGCUGAUUGGGAUUUUUUCUAUGCUUAUCACUAUGCACCAUUUGUGCAUGAUCUUAUUUUAUAUACAAAAAAGUUUGAGAAUUAUCAAAAUUUCAAUGGUAUUAAAUUGUCUUGGACAAACUUUCAAACAAAUUCACAACCAGUUUUACCGUUUGUUCAACAAUUAAUGAUAUUACCAUCGGAUUCAGCUUAUAUAGUUCCAGCACCUUAUUGGGAAUUAAUGAUUUCUCCAUCUUCCCCAUUAGCUGAAUUCUUUCCUAGAGAAUUCGAAACUGAUAUAAAUGGGAAAAUAGCAUCAUGGGAGGCUGUAGUGUUAAUUCCGUUUUUGGAUCAGCAACUUCUCAUAGAUGCAAUGAAGGAUGGAAACACUAAACUAACUGAACAAGAAAAACAACGCAACCAACAUAAAUUUCAUUUGUUUUAUCGUGCUUGUCCAAUUGGACGUGUAAAAUCUCCUGUAGAAUUAAUUAAUUAUGAUUUUUAUCGUAAAUCUGUCAAUUGUGGUGAAUCAGAAUUAAGUCAGUUUUAUGCUUCAAUCACUAGAUCUGUUGUUGAUGAUUUUCCAAGUUUAUCAAGACUACCGUUUACCCAUAAAAUUCAAAGAAUACCAGUUUAUGUUUUUGAACGCCCUAGUAAAUUAGAUAGUAUGGCGUUAACAAUGAAACCUCAUCCAGAAUUUUCAAAAUAUGAUAGCCUUGGUCAGUUAGCUGAAAGUAUUCUUGGGCGUCCUAUUCGUGUUCGUUGGCCAUUCUGUGCUACAGUGAUGCCUGUUCGAUUGAUGAGCACUAGCGAAAUUUGGGAACUAGUGGAUUUUAAUGUAGAACCAAUAAUUGAGUCUUCAAGCGAUUUGUCAUCCGAAUCCCUGCACUUUCGUCCACUUUUAUCGUCUGAAGACAAUAAUCAUGAAUGCGAUUGGAUAAAUAGCCAACUGUCAAGUUUAAAACACCAUUUUGAGAAACGUCGAGCAAUUUUAUUUGAUGACAAAAGUGAUAAUAAUGACUGUGAUGAGCUAGAUGCUCAUGUGAAUUUGAUACCAUCGUCAGUUCUAGUUUUUUCUCGUCCAUUAGACGGUUGGUCUGUAGUACCUGUACGAGCAAAUGAUUCGGAUGGUUUUACUCUUAUACCGAAUUUUGUUCGCUCGCGUGCUCAAAGUGGUGAUGAUUUAGAAUUGUCUAAUACACCAUUUGCAUCCUCAUUUAUUCAAUCAGAAAAUAUGAUUGACUUAUCCGGGAAACGAGAUAAAAAACGAAAAACACUUGUCGAAAAACCUUCAUUGAGUAUAGAACCUGCUUAUGGUCUAUCGGAUGGUUUGAAUCUAGACUUAUUAGAUGUCCUAUUACCUGGUAUACCUCCACCACCAUCAAUUGGAUGUGUUGAAGUUGACUGGGGUUAUAAUAAAACAAUUUCACUCCAUACAAUAUUUCAUCCUGGUAAAAUAGUGUUUAGUUUAGCCAAAGAAAGUUAUGGAUCAGUGGGUGAAAUUAUUGGAGUUGAUCAGAAGAAAGGUAAAGUUAUGGUACGCUUCUAUCCUGAUGUCUCAUCAUCAACUGACUUAACGGAAUUUUGUAGUCAGGUCGAAGAAUGGGAACAUGAUAAUUUUUAUACAAAUAUCAUGGUUGCAGAUCAAUUAAGUGUCCCAGUAUUUGUAGUGAAUCGAUUUACCGGCAGUUUGAUGGUUCAAAUUACUUCUGAAUCUUGUUCAUCAUUUGGAGAUAAUGAUGGCAUUAUUAGUAAACAUAAUCAAUACGCUGAAACAUUAACUGAUAACAAUGCAGAAAAUAAUAUGGAAAAGAAAAAAUGUGGGCAGAAAUCAUUUGCUAAUAUUGGUUUAAACCUGAAACGGAAUCGUUCUGGUGCUCAGGUUUUAGGUUGGUCACGUUUUUGUACUGUCCGUCAUACAUGGUUAUUUUCUAAUAGAACUGUUGAUUUACUCAAGAAAUUCAGUGAAAAAUUUCCAGGUGUUUGGGAAAAAGUUUUAAAGUCGUCAGAUUCAUCUACAAAAAAUAAUGCAUGUAUACAACUUGAUUCGAAAGAAGUUGACGAGAUUAUGGAAUUUAUUGCUAAUUCUGAAUGUAGAAGUGCUCCAGUUUUACCACAGAAAGGUAUCUACUUGGAUAAGGAAUGGUUACAAAAAUUAAAAUCAUUAUAUCUUAAAGACAUGGAUGAAACAGUAUAUGAACCGUUUGAUCGUCAGAUUUGGAAUAAAAAAUCUCCAGUAAAUUGUUCACCGACAACUUUGUUUGUUUCAGUGAAUUCAGAUACAAGAAUAUAUCCAUCCUCUUAUAAUUUAUCACCAUUCGAUCGUUGUUAUUAUUCAUCAAACUACUCGUCAGUGUUUAGUUCAUUCACAUUAUUGGAUAAAGUUGUUUAUAUUGGGAUAGGACAAAAUAUCCCAUUGGGAUUACAUGGGAUUGUUAUUGGUGUACCAUCUGGUGUAAGCUCUCAAAAGAGUGAACAAUUGGUAGAGAUCAUGUUUUGCCGAACAUUCACUGAUGCCAUAGAUAUUAGAGGAUCAGGUCCUGUGUGUGCACUGGUACAUCCAUCAAUGUUACUCAGACUACCAGAAAAAUGUGAUGAUAAACAUCAGUCAAUCUCUCAGCCGAAAUUAACUAGACCAGUUUCGAAACCUGUUCAAGUUUCAUGGGUUACUAAAGGACCUCCACGUAAUUACCGUCCAUGGCCAACUAAUAAUAAAUCUGAUCAAAAUACCUCUCAUAAAAAUAAAAUGGAUGAUGCAAAUCAUAGUAAUAUAUCAAAGGCUAGUCCCGUUCAUUCAUGGAAUUCAUCUAAAUUGAAAAUUAAACAAAAACAACCACCACAACAACAGUUGCAACAACAAAAUAUUAAGUCUGCUAAAAACCUAUCCUCAACGGGAAAAGACACGAUAAACAAGAAAACGCAAGAACUGGAUUGUCGACCACACUGUGGUGAUACAUAUUCCACUUUUCCUACUCUACAGAAUAAAUUUAACCGUUCGCGAAGCAUAAGUGAACAUAAUACAAGUCUAGAUGAUAACAACGAUAAUGUAAGUCUAUCUAAUUUGUCACAUGAUGCAGAACAUAAUUCGCAUUUUUGGACUAUGCCAAGCCCACCGGACGUACCUCUCCCUCCAUCUUAUUGGUCUAAUAUUAACAAGCCUACACACGACUUGAAAUUAAAUAAUAAGACUAAAGAUGAUAAAGAAAAGAACCAACGGAGUAGGGACGAAAAAAGUACUGGGUCGUCUAAGAUUAAAUCUCGUUCUCUUAAUUCUGCAGAACGUAAUCAAAAAAGUUCUAUUACUCGUUGUGAUAAUCGUCCACGGUUAAACCACAAUAGUGAGGUUUGUCAGAGAGCACCAACUCCAGUCAUGCCGAAACAAAUACCAAUGCCCGAUUUCGAAAGACAGAAUCUUAAUAGACCUCCAAACAUGCAUCAGUAUCCUCCUCUUAACCAAAUGCAACCUCAAUUGCAAUCUGCAUAUCAACCACUGCCAUUUCUGCAGUUUCAACGGGUAAUGCCAUCUACAGUAUACCCGAUUAAUAUGAUGACUCCGUAUCUGUAUGGUCAAAGAAUGCCUGAUUCUUCCUAUAUUUCAUAUCCUUCGUAUUCCUCUUCGCCUAUUUAUCCACCUAACUUUGUAAAUCGUGCACCUAUUCCUCAGUUUCCAUUGAUGUCGAAUCCUAAUUCUCAGGUUUUUAACUCUACGAUGAACUACGAGAAUACUCACCGGUUUAACAACCCGCCGAUGCUAUCAUAUGGGGAAAGAAACAGUCGGGAUUCCUUCCGUCCUCCUGUUAAACAGGAUCUACCAUCUAACCGACCAACUACACCUCAUCAUAAUGCUAAUCAGUCAAGACGUUUUAUUCCUCCUCAGGUUUCACGAACGCGUCGACCUUGAAUUGGGAAAACAUUGCUUUUCCUAAAGACAAUCACUUUUAAUUGCUCGUUCUUCUUUUAAGGGAAAGUCAUUUGUUUCUUUUCCAAACUUCUUCCAGAACAUUUUUUGUUUAGAUUCCCUUAAAAUGUUUAUCGAAUUGGGACUGAUAUAAUGUAUUUGAUAAUGGCUGCUUUUUUACGGGUUGGUUUUCAUCUUUUCAAAAUUCUUUGAUUGUUUGUUUAUUAAUUAUAUUUGUAUAACAUCUUUUUCUAACAACUAAUUUAAAAGACUUAAUUAAAAUACAUGUUCAACUCCAUAAAUGUUAUCCUUUUGAAUG